GCCAGCGUCGUUUGUUGAUCAACGUCGGGCAUCGGAUCGAAGUUGCGGCUGCCUCUCUGCCCCACUUUUUCCGCCGUCGAUUUCUCUUUCUCUUGCCCUGGCACAAUGUUUGGUUCAAAAGGAAGCCCCAUCUUCAUCCUACAUGGUAAUCACCUCAGUGGGAGAAGGGACAAAUGAGUCUUGAUACUUGUACCCCUUUCUGAAGUUGUCAGGGAUGAUGGUUAGGCCUUCAAAAUUUAGCAGUAUGUUAAUUAUGACAAGCUUCUGUGGCUGGCGAUUCCAUGACUUCCCUUUACAAGUUUCUUCUCCUGAUUCUCAAUGACCCUAGAGAUGCACCGAGGAAAAAUGCACAUGAUUCCAAGGGACUGGGAUCCCGGCAGGUUGCCAGAGUGUGAGAUGUUGCAGGAAGAUGAAGUUGAGCUCAAUGUGAUGGAUUUUGUAGAGACAGAGUACAAACCGGAGAAUAAUGAUGAGAUGAGAAUAACCAAGAGGAAACUCCCAAAGGAGAGGAAGAGCAGAAGUAAAAAAUGCUGGGGAGUAAGUGUAGAAAAGGUCAAGGAUGCAACAAAAGAAAUGAAAGCAAAGAAUAACCGGAAGAAAUUCAGAGCCACUCAGAAGCCUUCCUCCUCCUCCUCUCAAAGAUCAUACACAGAUUCAGACUUAGCUGUCGUCUGUCCUUAUGCAACAUGCUUGAAAAAUCUCUGUGACAGAGUAGGCACCAUUCAGGACCCAGAACCAGAACCCUUGCCUCCAAGACUCUUCAACCAGCUUCAGCACCUGGAAGUCCACUACCCAUACGCUGCUCUCUUGAAGGAAUUAUAUCUCAGUGCUCAAGCUGAUAGCAACAACAUUCCGUCCAUGAGGCCAGAGCGUGACUGCCAAGAGCUAGGAAUUUUUGAGUUAAUGAAGACUCUUAACUAUAAAACAGGAAUUAAGUCAAAGACCUCUAAACAUGCAAACACUACUGACUUUGAAACACCCUUCAGCACAAUCCUUCUUGCAUUAUUCAUGCAAUGUAAAAAUUGUAACUCUAAAGAGAAUUGGACAGAGAGCAGCAAUAAGAGAACCGUUGAUUUAAAUGGUAUAGGUAAAAUCUUGCAAAAAUCCAUGACAGAGUCACAUGAUGAAGACUUGCCUUUGAAUGAAUUGCAUUCUUCUGCACUUUUACAUAGAAUAUCUCUUUCUAUUCAGCAAAAGGAAAAUUGUAUAGUUGGAGAAUCUCUUCAGAAUAAUGGUGAUAAUCAUCACACAACCCCAGAUCAGUCAACAACUGAGUCUUCUCAUAGCGAAGCAGAUGACUUAGAUUGGAAGCCAAGUAGAUCAAGAAAGAAAGCAGCCAAUGGAUUACCAAUACAAAAAAGGCGAAAGUCAGAGAGAAGAAAAAAGAGGUCACAAAGUAAGCCCUGUUCUUCAAAAAGAGAGAGUAUUUCAACACUAAAUGAAGAAUCUGUUUGUGCUAAACAAUUAGAUGGUAAAGUUACAUUAGAGCCAGUAGCUCCUUCAAGGCUACUUCAGUUGAUUAUUGGCAAAGAUCAGGAUAAGUUAAGUAGUUGCCUUGAGAAGUUAUCUGCCAGAAAUUUAAAAGUGAAGAAUGAAAAAAGAGCAGUUGUACCUAAAGACCAUGGAAAGAUGAAUGAAUUAAAGGUGAAGAGCAGGAAAAUCCCAGGCAGUAAAACUAAAAAGUAUCAGCUCCAGCAUAAAGUGGCUGCAGCAGAAGAAACCAAAAAUGGGGAAAGGAACUCCAAAAGGGGAAAUAAGGGGUCAUUAAUGGUUGCAGGCAAAACCCAAGAAAGUGAUGCUAGUGGUAGUCAAAUUCUGUUAGAGUCUAACGCCAGUGAACAACAGAGCCUUCUGAAGGAAUACCUAUUAAAGCCAGCCGGUGAAGAAAUCAAAACCGAGAAUGACUGUGAUAUGCCGAAGGUAGAAACAAACUUCUUGUUCAGCCGCAUGCUCCAAAAUUUCAAGAUAUUAGCAGAAGCCAAUCACUCUGAGAGUAUUUCUGAAAGAGAACAAGAAACUUCAAGCGUUACAGAUAUUUUACGUGAAAUGUUGGUGAGUGGAAACACAGAUGGGGAGUCGAAGACUGAUAUUGACACUCACAAAGACACAAAAGAUGACAAAAGUUUGAUCCAAAGUGUAAUCCUCCAAUGUCCACAGACAAAUUGCUCCAAUAAACAGGAUCCAGUCUGCAAAGUUGAAUGUGAUAAUAGUGUAGUCUGUAAAAUAGAAUGUGAGGAAGACAUUUGCAAAGUGGAACACGAGGAAGAUUGUUAUGAAUGCCAAGUAUGCCACCUACAGUUUUCAUCUGCAAUAGACCUCUCCACUCACCAGGUACUGUUCCAUUGCAGCGAAGACCCUGAAGCUUCCAGCACCCACAUGUUGCUGUCCCACAGUGUUGAUAAUCUAAAAAGUAAUGCAUUGCAGAAGAAACUUCCUGCUUGAAUGGGUUUGUGACAGUCUACCUGGUCACUUGUGCUUCCUAGAGUGUACCACAAUUAUUUAUGUGAUCAACCUUCUUCAUCUGUUCACCGUGCAAUAUGUACAAAUAUUUUUAGGGAAAAGAUGAAUAGAUUUUAGGCUUAUGAAAAAUAAUAGAUGUAUGCAUUUAGAUGAGAUUUGAUUUACACAGAAUGCUAAAGGCAAGUAAUUAUCAUUGUCAUCAUAUCAAUCUAUGUAUAUUAUAAUUAUUAACACUAAUAUUUAUUUUUUUGAUGAUUAUUUUAAAAAGGUACAUCUACUUGGUGUUAAGACUGAGUCCGUCCAAAAUGUACAGCCAGUUACACAAGUCCUCAGUUGUUCUUUCAGAAGUGGCUGUUAUUCAGGAAGUGAGUGCAAUUAAUAAAUAGAUAUGUAAACAACCCAGUACUUAGAUUAGUAGGCAACUAUCUUCUUUUGGUGUUGUUGUUAUUGUUGUUACUUGUGCAUAGAAUGAUUUUCUUUCCAUCUCAAAUAUUUAACAUCUUAUUGAAGGACCAGUCAUUUGUAAAGUCACAGAAAUAAACUUCUAGGAAAUGUAGGUGAUCUAUUCUUAUAUUCUUGGGAUGUGUACAAAACCAGAUAUAUUAUUAACAUAUUGCAGUCUAUUUUAGUGUUAAUGUUGCAGUUAAAGUGCUUGUGUGUUUAGAAUCGUUGGGUUUUCUGAAGAGUUAUUUAGCAUGAAAUGUGUAGUUAUUGUAUAUUGGUAGGUGAAUGCAGUAGGUAUUUAUUUUAUUCUGUUGUAGAUUUUGUAAAAUUGGUACUUACAUAUCAACAGGAAAAAGGUUAUAAGAAAUUUCUUUUAAAUUAAACCAAAGAAGAGUCAUAGCAAUUGGUUUUAAACCAUUUAUAAUUUUAUGGGAAAAAAUAAGAUUUCAGCACACUUAUAAAUUACAGUCACUGUCGCAGAGACACUCUGCUUGAUGGAUAUUAAGAAAAAAUAUAUACAAUGGUCAGAGGUACUUGUGGCAUGAUAAUGUUAAACUUUAGUGUUUGAUAUUUGUUUUGUUCUGUGCUGAAGGAAUCUCUUUGUGUCUGUACAUGUACUGUUUUCUUAAGUAAAUUUGUAAAAUUUAUAUAAUGGCAGCACCAGGAGAGCUUUUUUGUGGUAAUUAUUUAAAUGUCAAAAGUGCUUUUGUGUCAGUACUUGGGUUUUCUAAAAUGUAUUAGAACCAGUGUGUUUGAGAAUUUAGCAUCAUGUAAAAGUGAUACUUUGCUUGAUUUUUUAUAAAACUUUUUUCUCUGUAAUGCAUAUACCCUAUUUUGUAAAGUCUAAAGCUUAUUCACUGCUAAUUUGUGCCAAGUGAUAUAUAUAUUUAUAAUCUGACCUGUGAGGAUUUCAACCCAUUGAGACUACAAGUGCAACAUAUACAUGCACUGUCCACUAUGGUUUUGUUUUAUUAAUUAUGUCUACUUACAAAUGGCUCCAGAAGCACCAAGUCACCAAAAAGACAAUUAGCCGGAUUAUGUGACCUCACCUAAUUACCCCAUUCCUGAAUUUUUGGAAAGAAAGUUUCUUUAUGGCCUUUUUAUUGUUAGUAGCAUUAUAAGAAUAUGAGUAAAAAUUAAAAUGCCAGUAAUGGUAGUAUCAGUAGCAAAAAUAAAUUCAAAGUUUGGGAUGAACAGGUAUGGUGAGAUGGACCCAGUAAUUGACAAGUUGGUAACUAAGUGCGUGUGAAGUUAUGUAUGUGUAAACAAAUUUGAUAAAAAACAAAACCAAUGGGUUAACUAGCAAAUAUGCUCUUUUGGAACAUACAAUAAGCAAAGGAUUGUACCUGAAUGAACAUCAGGCAGUUUUUAUUAAAUGAGGUUAAAGGGAAGAGAAUAAGACAAUCCAAAGAAUAUGAUAUAGCACUAUUUCUGAGGCUGGAUGUUUCUGCUUCAGUGGUUUUUGAUGACACUAGUGGUAGAUGGUUUUAUGUAUGGCAGUACUGUACUUGAUAGUGCUUGAGAUCCAGUCCACUGUUUGACCAAACCUGAUCUUUAGUAUUUUGUUUAUGGCUUUCCAAGAUUUUUUUUUUUUUUUUUUCCCCUCUUUUUUUUCUAAGAGUUCAGCUCAAAGAAAUGAUAAUUCAUAUCCUAAGUACAAAUAUACCUUGAAGCCAUUAUGCACAUUGUAUUUUGUCAAACCAAAAAACAUUCAGUUCUGAUGUCAAUGUUGACAAAAUUUAGUUUUUGGAUAAACACACAUUGUCUGAAUAUUAUUUUUAGGAUUAGAAAAGUGUCCUAGUUGUCAUUGUAUGUAAGCACAGAUGGCCUUGUAUCUUAUUUGUAAAGAAAAUACUUCAUGGAAAUGUCCGUAGCCCCUUUGUGAGACACUGCGGAACCUCAUUAUUCAGUUAUGUGAUCCAUAAAGUUUAGUUAUUAUUAAGGCAUAUAAAAAUGGACCGAGUGAUAUAACAUGCACCAUACCCCCAUGCCUUGUAAAUGAUAAGUAUGGUAAGUCUUGCACUUUUUUCACUAUGAAAGUUAUUGGAAUAAUUUGUAAAGACGCUGAGAGACCAGUGCCUUUUUUACACAUUUAUCCUUUAGUUACUAAAGCUCUUUCUAUAAUUUUAGUUCUCAUUUUUGUAAGAUGCAUAAACAAAGAGUUUAAUAAUCAUUAUGUUAAUUUUAAAAAGAAAGGAAUAUAAUUCCUUCCAGUACCAUAGGUUGGAAGAAAGUUAAAUGGGCAGAAUUUGUUUAUUAGUUUACCCUUUUAUUUUAUUCGCAAGAAUGUGCCAUUUUCAAAAUCCUCUGCCAUUAAAUACAAAUCAUAAAUUGAGUGAUCAUUUUCAAUCAGCUGCAGUUAUGACAAAAGUGCCAAUAAAAUUUUCUCAUCAAUUUAACCGAAACACUAUAAAGUCAAGAAAUCUGGUCAUCCUCAUAGUCCAAGCAGUGGAACAUCAGAAAGAAGACUUGCUUAAACUUCUCUGUAUCUUUAUGUAGCUAUAUUGCAAUGAAGGCUGAAGGCACCCAACUUUGACUUCAUUGUGCAGGAUUUUUUAUAUUCAACUUUGAAAUCUGUAAACCAAGUGCUGUAUGUCAGUUAUCAGGCUGAUGAACAGAUGAUAGAAUCAAAAAUAGGAGGUGCCAGUCAUAGUAAGUCUUCUGGUAUCAAAUCUUUGUUUUUCAUAAAACAUUUUUAAAUGCAUGGUAUUUUAACAAAUUAGGUACCUCUAAAAGGUAAAAUGAAAAGAAACAAUAAUUGUACAAUUAGGGUUUUCUAAGACCUGGGUGAAGAAAAAAUAACCCAAAUUAAUACCUGUGCCAUUCGAGAAUGCUAGCCUACCAUAAGUUCUUUAUUUUAACUAGAACAGAAUAAGACACCUGCCACUGUUCUGGGGAGGGGGGGGGGGGGAGAGACUGAAAGGUGCUAGUGUACAAUGUUUACUCUUUGUGCAUAUCUUCAUUGUGUAUAAUUUAGCAAAUGCAAAAAUUUACCUUUCAAGGUGUGACGUCUGCAAAGUUUCCAUUUAAUUUUUAUUGUCUGUGGUUCAUGCAGGUAAUUAUACAUUUAUUGAGUAAUUCAUCUUAGUGAGUACCAAUAUUAAUGUGUGCCUGGUCUUGCAGAGAUUAUGUGUCUUUACACAUACAUAUUGUAACUAGAUCUUGAUUUUAUGGAAUGAAAACAGUAUUGUGUGUGUAUCUAAAAGUAAUAUACCUGGCAAUGAAAUGAAAUUGCCAAGAAAAAAAAAAAUGAAAUUUCUUUUACCCAGUUCUUUGUACAAGUGCCUGCUAUCUGCAGUCUAUUAGAAGCUGUCAGAGGAAAAUUCUAGGAGUCAAAAUGACAACAAAUGCAAUUGAGAGGUUUUCUAAAAUACAACAUUUUUAUAAAAGACCAGGUGUGAAUGUAUUUGAUUUUGAUUAAUUAAAUUUCCUCAUACUCUUUUUAGGUUCCUGUAAUUCAUGAGUCAAUUCUCCAUGUCAUAGAUAUCUGGGUAGUAGAUUGCUAAUGACCAGUUUUAAAUUAUUUAAUUCUGGGUAACUGAAUGGUAAAGAUCAUACUAUACUGUUUUAAUAUUGGUGUAUUUUGGAAGUUAAUUGAUAGAUUAUUUGAAGCUGCCAAUUUACUUAUUAGUAGUCUUAGGUUGAAGUAAUCAGCAUGAAUAUGAUAAAUUAGUAAACACUUAUGAGCCUCGACAUUUGUAAAAGUGUUUGACUUUAAGAAAUGUAUGUUAAAUUAGUGAAAAUUUCUUAUGUACCAUAUAUAUUUCAACUUUUUGUGUAGUUUGCACAUGAGUAUAUAUGUAGCAUUUGGUAAAAGUCCUUUUGAAAUAUCUUUGUCUAUUUGGUGGUUUGUGUGGUUGCUUUGUUUCAGUAAAUUUACUUAUCAAAUCUCAGAAAAUUUGAAAUUUUGUUUUAGAUAAAAUCAUAUGUACUGUGGUACUGUAAGGAAACUGCAGCAACAUUCAUAUGUUUUGUUGGUGUAAUACCAUUGAAACCCAUAGUAGCAAAAAUGUUUCAGCUGUUGCAUUAAAUCCUCAAGAAAAUGUACAAUGUACCAAAUGUACUACUAUUUAAAGUAACUGGGUUAACAUUGCGAAUGAAAGCUUUUUUGUAAUUAGUCAUAAAAAUGAGCAUUCAGAAAUCCAUUUACACAGAGAAUUGAACCAUUUUUUUCCAGUUGUGUAUGUUUUGUCAGCAGGAUAUAUUCUAGUUCUAAGCUUUCCUUGCCCUUACCAGUGUAGGCACCAGCAAGGAGUCCUUACAUUGGUUCCCUGCUUUGCUCUUGUGUAAAAUCCCAGCCAGAUCAGUGUGACAAGAAAAAAUGUGUGAAGCAUUUUCUAGAAUUAAAAACACUUUGACAGACUUAAAUAGCUGCACAAUUUUGUUUGUUUGUGAGUCUAAAUGAUAAAAAUUGUAUGUUAUCUUUUGUUACUAUUUUCAGUAUUCUAUUUUGUAUUUUGUAAGGAGAUUUUUGGGGGGCUGCAGUUUGUAUUGUUCUGAUAUUUCCAUAAAUAUAUAUAUGUAUAAAUAUAUAUAAUUAUA